ACAAAAUGAAAUAGAUGGACAACAGAGGCAUGUGAUCCAGUGCCGUAACAUCAUUUUAAUCACUCCAUUUUAAAAGGCUCCAUAAAGAAACCAAGAAUAACGCCGAAUUUUGCUCUCAAGUGCUAUUACAAACAUAACCGUAAAAUGAAUCAAGCUAAAAUAAAUAAUUUAGUUUCCCAAUUACAUUUUAAAAUACGAUCCAAACGAAGAAACUUAAGUACACCUGAAGGACUUCAAGGUAGAGCACGAAAAAUUUCAAGAACAUUAACUGCUCUUCUUAAAUAUGAAAGAAUCGAAUUGGCCUGGGCCCGGGCAGACGAAACAAGAGGCUAUGUUGAACGAUUAAUAUCAGAAGCAAUUCGACAUGGACCAACUCAUGCAGAAACGAUGGCAAUGGCAGAUUAUUGGAUAAUCGAAAAACAAUACGUUCACAAAUUAUUUAAGGUUCUUGUACCUCGUUUUAAAGAUUACACUUCUUCAUCAUUUACCAAAAUCCAUCACAUUCAAACGGAUUACCCAGGUUCACAAAUACCAAAAGCUGUGCUAGAACUCAAAGGUAAUCCAUAUCCAUCUCUCGAAUACCCCAGGAAAUAUGAAAAUCAAUUAAUUCACAAUGUUUUGUUGGAUGCGGCUCGAAAAGAAUACAGGUUACAAAAGUAUAAAGAAUUAUCAAUGAGUCUUAAACAAGACCAAUAAUUUAAGUAUGUUAUGAUAAUUGAAAAUAAUUUUAUGAUUAAGUUAA